AUGUUCUACAAUCAGCUUCGCACUUUUAAAGCGCCUCUUAUUCUGGUGCUCGGUGCCACUUUCCUCUUUCUGCUUUUCCAAUUAACCAGACCGUUGCAGCAACCUCUUUACUUUCCGGAAACUUCACCCAUCCCCUCGCCCUUGCACCCUAAAGUUGCCGUAUUCAGCGGAUAUGCAAAGGAGGCAGUGGAAAAGGAGGAGGACUACCUUCCUCCAAGGCCGGAUUAUGCGGAGCAGGAUCUGGAGGCACUGUUGCGGGGCAACGAGGACUUCGCCCAGGGAGAUGAGUGCUCCUCGUUUCCCCGUUUCGAGAAUAUCGAGUUCCAGAAUCCGCACUUCCAGCAUGUGCAGCAUGAGAACCUGAGCUACUACCUAUACGGUGCCUACUACGACCGCAGGCCCACUGUGCCGGAGGUGAUGGUCCUGGUCAUGGUGACCACCUGCACGGGUCCCUAUCCGGCCACCCACCUGCGGAUGUGGUUCGAGGGGGACACCCGGCCGGAAUUGGCCAUCCUGCACCAGACGAAACUGGCCUGGUACGUGACCUGGGGCAAUGCCGAGGGUCUGGCCUAUCCCACACUGCUCACAUUCCGGAUGCAAUCGGCGAGGAUUCCCCAGCUGGUUAGCCUGGUGCUGGGCAACACCUGUGCCGUGCCGCAGAAUGCCCUGAAAGUGUUCCAACCGCCGGCGGAGGAGGAGGAGGAGAAGGAGGCAGCCAGACCAAAUCCCCGCCUGCGCACCGGAGUGUGUGUCAAGUUUCUGCGUUUCCCCGAUUCCGAUAUGUCCGAGCGACUGGUGGAGUGGCUGGAACUGAUGAGGUUGCUGGGUGCCGGCAGGAUAACCGCCUACGACAUUGGUGAACUGCAUCCGAACACCUCGAGGACCCUGGCCCACUACACCAGGUCGCGGGAUGGCCUCUUGGAUCUCAGGAAAUUCCAAUUCCUCAAUGACACCAAAGGGUAUCUGCCAUUGAAGAUGGCCGAAGUCCUCCUGUACAACGACUGUCUGUACCGCAGUUUGUAUGACUUUGACUUUGUGGCCGUGAUGGAUGUGGACGAGGUGAUCAUGCCGUUGGGUGAGAAUCGAAAUUGGCCAGAUUUGCUGGAGGAUCUGCAGGCGGAGGAUGUGAAUUGCACGGCCCGGUGUGGCUAUUGUUUCCAGAACGUGUAUUUCCCCAAGGAACUGGCCGCGGAUGAGACAAUACCCGAGCACUUCUAUAUGCUGAGGCAUUUGGUGCGCGUGGCCAAACAUUUGAAUCCCAAUUUGGCGAUCAAGUGUCUGCACAAUACCGCCCAUGUGACCGUGGUGCACAAUCAUUUUGCCCUCGAUUGGAGGGAUGCCUGUGCUCCGUUGGGUGUGCCCAUCGAUCUUGGCCAGCUUCAGCAUUAUCGGCAUGUGGACAAUGCCAAGACCCUUGAGGAUCCGCCGCCCAAACAGGAUGACAAUAUCCGGCGAUUCCAGCACCAACUCAUCCACAACUCAAUGGCCAUCCAUCGACAGUUGGGCUGGGGGGCAUAUUGA